AUGGCGACCGCACCCAAACCCCUCCGCACAGCCCUCAUAGGCCUCUCCUCCAGCGCAAUCACCUCCUGGGCAGCCAACGCCCACCUCCCCGGCUUACUAACACCAGCCGGGCGCUCCAAGCUCCCCAUCACAGCGCUUCUCAACAGCAGCGUCAAAGCUGCGCAGUCGGCCAUCGAGUCGUACAAGCUUAACCCGGGGACAAAGGCCUACGGCUCACCGGAAGACCUCGCCAAUGACCCUGACAUUGAUCUUGUAAUAUGCAAUACGCGUGUCGACAAGCACCUUGAGACAAUCUUGCCGAGCGUAAAGAAGGGUAAAGACAUCUUUGUCGAGUGGCCCGUUGCGGCGAAUCUGAAGGAUGUGGAGACGUUGGUGGAGGAGGCGAGGAAGAGUGGGAGUAGGAUCGCUGUGGGGCUGCAGAGGAGGUGGGCACCGCCGGCGGUGAAGUUGAGGGAGAUUAUAAAGGAUGGAGUGGAGGGGAAGAAGCUUGGGAAGAUCCUGAGCGUGGAUAUAAGAGCGUAUGGUGGGACUAUUGAUAGGGAGAUUACGCCGGAGGGGUUGAAGUAUUUCGCGGACCGAAAGGUUGGUGGGAACGUGAUUGUGAUCGGAAAUGGGCAUCUGUUUGACACGGUUCUCUCCGUGGUGGGUAACCUGGACCCCAAGACAGUCCACUCGAAACUUCAACUGCAGCGCCCAGAUGUCCGCAUACGAGACCCUUCGACCAACAAAAUCAUCGAUACCGUUCGAUCUGAUGUCCCUGACCUACUUUCCCUCCAUGGCACCUUGCAACCCUCGAACGCAACUCUAUCAUACCUUUUCCGCCGCGGUCAACAGUUUCCAGGCACUCCUGCCCUAACUUGGACCAUCAAUCUCGAGCACGGCGAAAUCCGACUUGUGUCUCAAUCCGGCCUCAAUCUAGAGUUGGGAGAGCCCGCUUCUAUACACGUACACUGGUUUGACAACGAUAAGGUGGAAGAGGUAAAAUGGGAGUGGAACGCAGAACAAGCUGCGUUGCCGCCCUCGGCGAGGAACGUGAUCAAUACUCUGAUUGCUUUCGCUGAUCGUAAGGCACCUGGAGAUGGGUGGGUGAGCAUUGAGGAUGCGGCGGACCGUGCUAGGCUGAUGGAAAGUUUCUUGGCCGAGUGGGAAGAGAGUCAGAAAUGA